AUGCAGGCAAAGUCUUUGCAAAUGCCCAACGACUCUAGUUUUGUGCAAGGAUCAAACGGAAGCUCGCAGAAUUCCCCAGUAAAAGCUGCUGGGCAGUCGCAAAUCACUCCUUCAUUUCCGGCCUUCGAGCUUAGGCAUUUGCCUCCAUUGGCGCAUGUAGUUGAGGCGCAAAAUUCAUGUUUACCCUCGAAGCAGACUUUUUCCUCAGGACUGUACUGUUUUCGGAAGGCAUGGAUUAUAAAAUGGCAUCAAAGCAAGUGUAGUACCAAACGAGAGAUUAAAAGGGAUGGGGCGCAUCAGCAGCUAGUCUCGGGUCUUGUAGCAUGA